AUGUCGAACACACGAGUCGCUUUCAAAGUCCACGGCCGCGUUCAAGGUGUCGGCUUCCGAGACUUUACACAGAAAUGUGCCAACCUCUAUGAGCUCAAAGGCUGGGUCAGGAAUACUACUUCUGGGAAAGUCGAGGGCGAAGCUCAAGGCCCCGAUGAACAAAUGAAGAAAUUUCUCCAGCGUAUUGACAAAGGUCCAUCCCUAGCUCAGGUGGUGAAGCUAGAGAAGCGGAAUAUGGACUUGCGUGAGGAUGAGGAGGGCUUUACUGUGCAGCGGACAGCAGAGUCCAUGUUUAAACCAGCCAACUAA